AUAUUAACCGACUGAUACAUUUAUCUGCCAUUAUCUUAUCUGAGACGACGGUCCGUGAAUCUGCCUAACUACUGAAGGCAGAGGGCUUCUGAAACCUUCUUUCAACAGACCGCUCAUUUUUAUAGUACAGUACGCCCGACCCGUGCCGACCCACGAGUAGCCAUGUCCUAUGCUUUUGUUGUGUUGCUGUGUGCGACGCUGUGUGGAGCUGUGCCCGUGCUCCAAUUUCGAAGCUGGCUCCCUAUUCCUGACGCCUCCAACCGCCUUCUUCCUUUCCUGGGAACCGCAGACAAGGUGGCCUGGGACGACCAGGAGAACUACCUCUAUGUAAUAGGGGCCCAAUCUGAGACUCUACAUAUUGUGGAUCUGGUGAAUCACAGCGAUCCCCAAAUUGUGUUCACUCGUGUAUUCAGCGAGAUCACAGAUGGUAUCCCAAAGGCUAUUGCAUUCUGUCGUAGCCCCCAGCGUGAAGAAUUGGUCGUAGCGUUCUCCGCCAAGGAAAGGCUGAAUGAGGGCCAUGUUGAGGUCUUCAAGCCGUUUCUCCGAUUCGACCAGACACUUACACUUCUCGGGCGUGUAUCAACUGAAUCGGACCCAUCUGCUGUAAAGUUUGACAGUACCUGCUUUCAUUUUGUCGUGGCCUGCGAGGGUCUGCCUGGCAUGAGAAACAACGCGUUUGAGGACCCUUUGGGUCACGUGGACGUGUUUGAACCCCAAGUGAAUGGCUGGACCAAACUCACCAUCAAUUUCCAGGGUGCGAGGGGACUGGAUCAGGCGAGAUAUGUGUUUAAGGACGGCUCCAAUCCUCAGCAUUCUGUACUUAACGACCUGGAGCCCAGUGACCUCACUAUAGACGACAAUAAUCGUGUCUACGUUACCUUUCAUGAGAACAAUGUUGUCGCCAAGUUCGACCUGAACAACCUUGCGGGCGGGGUGGACAUUUACAGCCUUGGCUCCAAGGACUGGAACAACUUUGACAUCGACACCAGUGACAGAGACAACGCUGUGAGUCCUGGCAACGAGAACAUCAAUCUUGUGCGUCGUAACAUUCGUAGCUUCUAUCAAGCGAAGAACGUUGACAUACUCCACUUUAACAACAGCACCUUCCUUGUGACCGCCAAUACCGGUGGAUACAAGGCGUACACAGCAGCUGUGGAGGGGGUAGACUUUAACGAAGCAAUGAGGGCACGCCUUAUGGAUGAAACUUUGUUCGAUCCGGCCCUUGACGCCCAAACAAAAUCCGAUAUGAAAAAUGAUGCUGAACUCGGUCGCCUGUUUGUCACCACUUUACAAGAACCGUCAGAUGGAUGGGACCCCGUUUUUGGUUACUUCAAACACGCCUAUGCCUACGGUGGUCGGAGCUGGUCGAUGUGGAACGCUGACGGCGUCAAUCAGGUGUAUGACAGCGGAAGCGAUUUAGAGUACGAAGUCAGUCAGUAUAACAAAUCUGUCUUCAAUGGAGACUGUUUUUCGACAAGCUUCUCGCCACCUCAGCAUCUAGACACAAGAUCUGAUGACAUGGGCCCUGAACCUUCGGCGAUAGCAGCAGGGACAUACAAUGGCCAGCCUCUUGUGGCUGUGGGCAGUGGUCGUAUGGGAGGAAUAUGGUUGUACUCAGUGUCAGAAGGGGAGGCUGUUGGCUUGCCAACAGGAAGUUUCCUCAGCUACAUACGUCUGGGAGACAUCAACGGCAACUGGCGGGCCUUGUACGACAACGGGAAUGCUGGCGUACAGUACAUCAGUGAUUUACUUAUCGUUAAUCACCACGAUCAUCAGAUGGUGGUCGCCGUGGGCUCCCAAAUGGGUGCCAUUGCUAUCUUUGAAGUCGAGGAAGGUUCAUUCCCUUAAUGCCUGUCUCACAGUGUAUAUAUAACAAUAACAUAAAUUGCAUGAUCGCAAA